AUGAGUCACCUCUCUUACGAGAAGGUCGCCAGUGCCGAGAAAUGGCACUACGUCGCUACUCGAUGCACUCGCGAGGCCGAGAGCAAGCUCUCCAAAAUUCAGUCCCAGAUCGAUAAUCCUGCAGAGACGCCGCUGCAGCAGCUACAAGACCGUCUUUGGGAUUGUGAGGCCUCUCUCAACACCGCCAGGCAGAAGGAGGCAAUGGCAGCCACUACCGUCUGGCUUCAUCAAGAGCAGCUCACUCCCCUCUAUGGCCCCAGGAACGAGGUUAUUCAAUCCCGUGCGGAGCUCGAAGAAGCGCACAAGACCGCCGAUGCGCGCCCCCACAGCAGCCCUCUGGAGGUUCACCACCGUGGGUUUACUUGUGAGGAUAAAUGCAGCACCUGUAUCCGUACAGGAAUGCCCGCUUGUCGUAUCCUCCCCGGCGUACCGCAGUGUGCUGGGUGCCUCGACAAGGGCGUAGAGUGCUCGUUGCUUUCUCAGCCAGAUGAGUUUGCGGCGUUUUACAACUCUAUCCACCUCAGCUAUGCCGAGGUGCUGCAGGCUGGAGCCUGGAAGCCAAUCCCAGUGGCACCAGCGGCCAAGCCACCUAAAGCCCGAACGAGGCCCUCCCGAGCUAAACUUCGUCCAACUCCCAACGAACAGGAUGAGCAUCACACCAGGAACAACAACGGUGACACCUGGAAUGGACACCCCGGAUGGACGCCUGAACAUGCAAUGUCGAGUACCGAUGCGCUAGCUCCUCGUCGCAACCCUGCUCGGGAUGCUCGGACUGGGAAGGAGCUGUUCUGGAAUCUGAAAGAAACAGACACUGUCGUUUUUCGACAGAGCGACAGCCGUGCCCCUCGCACAUGGCGGACUAAUCAGUCGCCGGCCACAACCUUUUCUCUCAAGAAGGACCCUUUCCAAGCAAGAGCCAUCGUUAGCAUUGACAGGUCCCCGGCUGCCACUAGCACUACGUCCUCACUGUCGUCACUUUCGGAGCUCUCGGCCGCCGCCUCAGCUUUCAUGGGCAACUCUGCAGAAAUGGAAGUGGAUCGACGUCGCCCCCACGCUCCGUCACCUCCUCACGCUCGAACAGCCGUGCACAUGAACCGCUUCUCCGUGCCUCCAUCUGUGGUCUCCGAGGCCACAUCGUUAGGUCUUGAGCUGCUAGUGAACGUGGCGUUGCAGAGUAACCACGGAUCCGUGUCUGACCGCUUCUUGCCGGACUACACUGAAGGCGCUCCCCUCAGCCACCCCCAUCCACCUGUGUCCACGCCUCGAUCUGGAACUGUACCCCACGAUUUCUACGGUUCGUCGGUCGAUACUUUCAACAGCCCUCGGUAUCACUCGCGGACCCUCGAUCAAGAUACAACGCAGCGCGUUCUGCCACAGCUCGAAACUCCCAGUCCUCGGUCAGGCCGCGCACACCAACUUGGUCCCGCGGUCGCUCCUCCCGCCCACUCUCAGCCCAAGCGAAGGCUGUGGUGGCAGGUUAACACCCCAGACGAGAACGUCUCGAACCUGCCUCCUCCGGUUGCUCCUCGCGGAGGGAGCGCCGAUAGGGCGGCAGCCCAGCACAGCAAGUCUGCCUGGGCCAACCGCUCAAAGAGCUCUGAGCCACCUCAACCCACCACCCUCAACAAGGGCAAGAAGCGCGCCCACGAAGUCGACUCCGAGCCUCAAUACAAUCAUGACGACCACAUGGACGCCCACCACUGGGUGUCCGACAGUCCACCCGCCCGGUAUGAGGACUACUAUGUGAGCUUUGGCUCCGUCAGGCUGCCGUCUCCGCCAACUCAGAUGGAUCCACACCUGCCCUUUCAGGUUGCUCCACCCGUUUUUUGUCGUGAGACGUUUCAGAACAACCCUCCUCCCACCGAGCUCUACCUCGCCGACCACUUCCACUCUCGACAUAAAGAGCUAGAGCCCCGCGAUGCCGGCCGUCGCGAGAUACGCUAUGAGCUCCACACUGGAAGGUCAUUCAAUGAGAACUUAGCCACAAACCUCCCUUCUCACAGCCAACCAGCCCGAGCAUCCUCCUCAAGGUCCGUUCGACCUCGUGCCACUGUUCCCAUCAACUCGAGCCACCGCAGGGCGGCCAUGCAACCCUUGGAAACCAUCUUCCGGAGCGUGCUCCAAGCCACCCUCAGGAUUUAUCGGAACGAUCCUACCGAAGUGACGGCUCUCGACAAGCUUAACGACGCAUUCCUGAUCGCCCUGGCCGAUGGCGACAUGAGUGGUGUGCAGUCUGCAUUCUUCCAGUUGGUGGCGAAGGCGCUCUUGAAGCAGAAUGGUCGGGCGAAGAAGAAUACCGAGCGGGGGAUGGAGGCGUUCAAGGACAUGUGUGAGAUGAUCGAGAAGAAGUCAACUGAGUAG